AUGACUUCAGGGUAUUCCAAGGCAGUACACCAUUUUCUUCGUCACGCUGCAAAAAGAGGAAGAAACUUCAAAGUUAUAGUGUGUGAAUGUUAUCCUGACAACUUGGGACACAAAAUAGCUGAAGAACUAUCAAAGGAUAGUGUCGAUGUCAUUUUGGUCCCUGAUAGCCAUGUUUUCGGCUUGAUGUCGCGAAUAAAUAAAGUAAUUGUUAGCUGCCAGGCUGUUUAUCCUGAUGGAACGUUAAAAGCUAGAGUGGGCACUUACGGCGUUAUGCUUGCAGCUAAAAGCUUCUCGAUCCCGAUCUACGUUUGUUUACUGCAUCACAAACUCUCUCCUAUUCCAUUCAAGCACUCUUCUCGAUCAACACCAUCAUUCUCUGUACAGCCUACUGCUAAUCCCAGUGAUAGUUCACCAGAUUGGCUGGAUAGCCCAUCAGUUAUUUUACCGCCAAAUGAGCCUAAACUAAUUAACGAAGGGUUAGUUUAUCAUCAGCCCAGCGAAGGUCCGGUUGUUUGGGUCCCAAAAUGGGAAAUUGUACCUUCAGGUCUUGUCAGUUUAUUUUUGACAAAUCUUGGCACUCAUGCCCCAUCAUAUUUAUAUGCUCUUGGACGAGAAUUGUUCCACUCUGCAGAUAUUAAGACAAUCAUGACAUAUCAAUAA